AUGGCGAUCCCGAUGGACUGCCUAAUGAUCCGAGCCUCCUCUACAGCAACUUCGGUGAGGAGGCAGCACAUCGGCAGACGUGUAUGGCCGGACAUAAUGCACCUUUUACAUUUAGCCAUUGUGCCGGAUGUCUUGGGCUCCUUGCUGUGCGACCUCAGCGAUUUGGCACCGAAAAGGGAAGCCGCGCUGCAAGCUCUGUACGAGAGCUAUCGCUCCUGGUGCGAGGAAACCGGAGUGCCGGACCGUGCUGCAAAGAGGCUCUUCAGCAGUGCAACUCUUCACCCGAACUCGAAAGAUUAUCUGAGUAUUUCCCAGAAGCUUUUAUCGGGCACGGCCGCACGGUACAGUGUAUUCUGGAUGGCUCAGCUUCUUACCCACUUGAUGAAAUGCCAUCCGGGAAACGAGUUCUAUGCGCUCCGAGGUGGGGUCUGUAUAGCCCUUGCUACCAUGGAAAGCAUCUUCCUUCGAUCUGGCAGAAUUCUUACAGAGGAUGCGGAUACGUUGGGCCCGUGCUGGCAGUUCUGGAGCACCCGCGAUCAAGGCAAUGAACACUGGAGGACCAACUGCCGAUUCGCCCACGACUGGAUGGCCAUCCCCAGAGAGGAGCGAGCAGAGCGUUGUAAAGGCUGUGGAGGCAAAGGACAUAUGAAGCGGUCGUGUCCAAUGAAGGCAGCUGGUUCCGAAGGAGGAAAACGAGGUGAUGAAGGAAAGGGUGGACAAGGACCCAAAGUGCGAAGUGUGGGUGCUGGCGUCCAAGCGGCGAAUGAUGGAAAGCGAGAUGAUGGAACUACGUCACAGGCACCUUUGCCCUCACCGGCAACUUCGGCGUCACUGGGUUCCUCGAUGGACUCAGCCCAGGGAUCGCAGGCAGCUACAGCCAAUCCGGCAACCACGGCAAGGGACAUGGACGAGUUCCUGAAGAGCGCGGCGCAGGAAGAGUGGUCUAAGUCACCGGAGGUGGAUGUGAUAGUGGCCGGCGACAGCACCGCAAGGAUGAAGCAGAAUGACACCGGCACGCUGCUUACGCAACCUACGAGCUCCAGUGAAUCUACUCAGACCAUCUUACCGGUGGGAAGCUUGGUGGCUGUGUUGGGAUAUGAGCUACGAUGGUGUCGGAAAAAGUGUGUGCUCAGAGCCCCGGAUGGGAAGGAGAUCCUCUUGAAGACGUCAUCGGGAUGCCCAGAGGUGGACGAGGCGAAGGCGCUUGAGUUGAUUGCAGAGAUCGAGCAGGAGAACGUGAACAAACUUGAGCGAGAGGUUCAGUCCACUAAGGUUGCAAUGCUGCGGGCCAACACCGUUGAGUGCGAAGGACAGUGGGAGAGAGGGUUGUCCCAGUACGUGAAGUUGGGAACAUUUGAAGAGGGCUUCAGGUUCUUGGCAAUGGCACCAUGGUUACAAGAUGUUCCAAGGGAGUCGUUGGUCAAGGUAGUUAUGGACCUGCCAAAGGAGGAGAAGGAGGCCUGGAGUUUGAUGUUAUCCUUGGGGUUCAACCGAAGAAUGCGGAAAAGGUUGAUGCAAAAGGACUGGGUCGUGAAGUUGUUCAGUGGUGCCCGGUCUCCUAUGGACAAAGUUUUCAAGGUGGUGGAGAACAACAGCUCUGUGGUGCUGGAUGUGGAUGUAAGAAGACUGUCGACUUUGGACCUACGAAGCCAAGGAGACGGAGUGAUGAAGUUACUCAUGUGGGGUGCAGCCACGGGAAGGAUCGCGGUUCUCCUAGGAGGACUUCCACGGGCACAUUGUGAUGACCUGCUUUUGCGAUCAAUGGUGCUGGCGGAUGUGGCUAAGGCGGGAAGGGCGUCUAUGUGCGAGUACGCGGAUGCGGAGGAUGAUGAGACAGCGAAGGUGUGGAGGCAUCAAUGGUUCAGGAGGUGGAUAGAGGAGCAGCCCUUGGACGUGCUUCACUUUGAGCAGGGAGGGCUGGGACACGGAGUGAGGAAGCCAACGAUGAUGGUUACCAACUUGGACAUCACAGAACUACGAGGAGUGCAAGACCAGAGACCCAACCCGCCGGAAACUACUACCGCAUGGUCGGCAUGGGCACCUAUGAUGGUUCGUACAAUUGUGAGGGGGAUCAAGAGGUGGAAGCAGCGACCUGGUUGGUAUCCCAGAAUGAUGCGGGCUCUUAAAGCAGUGGACCGACGAGCCUGGGAGAGGCAUUUGGCCAACGACCACACGCCCUAUCGGGCGGAUUGUCUACAGUGCAUUCACAACGCUACCGGAAGGAGGAGGACCUGUUGGGAUGGAACCUGGACUCUAAAGAACCCAGUGAUCAACUACCACAUGAUGUUGAUGAUUAUGAACCUGAUGAAGGCCCUGACCCUGAACUAUCACAAGAAGAAGUCGCUGAACUACGGAGAGUACAAUCUGAAGUGGUUGAGUUUGAUGAUUCGGAUAUGGUGGGGAUUCACAAACUCAAGGCGCACAAGAAAAAGAGCGACGAACCCAAGGAGGAUUGGUGGGAGUUCAGGGAAUCUGCGGGAGUCCUGA